GGUGUGUCUCAUAAAUAAUGUGCACCGGAGCCGCGGGAGCCCCGCCCCCCUCCCGCCGCCCCGCUCCGCUGGCUGCCUCCGCGAGAGGCGUGACGUCACGUGAGCCGCCCGUGUCCGUUCCAGCUGAGGGAGUGAGCGCGCGCGCGUGAGGGGAGGGAGAGAGAGGACACGGUCGUACGUGGACGUCGAGCGGCCCCAGACACAAACCCCCGAGCCCGUGCGCCCGUGACUGGAUCCACCGGAUGCACGAAAGUACAGACAGAGAAAGAGGAAACGACCCCCUCCUCUUCCUCCUCCUCCUCGUCCUCCUCCUCCCGACGGACGGACAGCAGAACCCGACAGCACUGAGCAGACAAACACCAAUCCAACUUGUCAUCUGACCAGCUCAGCCGCUGUGCGUGUUUGUGCGUGUUGUUCUGUACACACCGAUCCUCUCACAUUGUUUUGCUUUGACGGAGCGUUCACCUGGCAACAUUUUUUUUUUUGCUGAGUCUUGUUUUUUGAGCUUUGGACAAUUACAAGUUUUUUAAUUGAGACAUUUUUCUCCCUCUCCUUUCUCUCGGUGACAUUUUUCACGCCUUUGCAAGAAGUGCUAUAUUCUGUGGAGAGUGUUUCUCCUCGGAUGGUGUGAGUGUUCCUCCCACUCCGCUCCUCCUGAGAAUAACAGCCCGAUCCCCUGCACACUUUGAACAACUCUCGGCUGCGAUGGAAUACUUCGAUGAGAAUAUUUCUGCGUGCAUAUAAGGAACCCGCAACUACAAGAGCGAAGAGUCAUCCAGCAGCCUACUUGUCCCAUUGGUAGGUGCUCCACUCGGAUCCCCUCGCCCCCUUCCAAGUGACCCCCCCCCCCCCCUCGGGUGUCUCUCUGCGCCCCCGUCUGGUCCAGGAUGUCCAGGCAGCUCUCUCAGCUCCCGACCCCCGACCUCCCAGCCGGCGCAAGCCCACAGUUUGGAAGUUGCACCCAGCCUGCAGGCUCCAUCACAGGGGGCCACGUCAACCCCAUGGCGGGGCUCAAGUCCCUCCUGCAGCACCCCAUGAAGGGGGACCAGCGUUUAAAAAACCCCAGUGAUGCAAAAGAUAAAGACAGACCGGAACUGGAUGAGGACUCCACGAGGAACAACAGUGGAAUAGUCAGCAGUAAUAACAGUAAUGGCGUUGGUGGUGGUGCUGCUGGUAGUGCUGGUAGUGGUGGUAGUGGUGGUAGUGGUGGAAACGGAGGAGGACCUUUCAACCAGUUCCUGGGGCCUCUCUUAUGGGAUCGCACACUGCCUGCCGAUGGGGGCCUCUUCCAGCUGCAGUACAUGGACUUGGAGGAGUUCCUCACCGAAAACGGAAUGGGCGCCAUGCAUAACAACAAUAGCUCCAGUUCGGCCCAGAUCCCCUCACAGAGCUCCCCAUCAGCCGUGCCCAGCCAAAGUUCCCAGUGCCUACCACCCUCGUCCCCAGCUUGCUCCUCGUCUUCUUCGCCCUCUUCCUCCCCAUCGCUCAUUGGUUUGGAGGUGGCCCAGCCGCAGAGCCUGGCAGGAGGAACCGACUGUCUGCAUGGGAGUCAGACGAGUAUGAACGAGUCGUGUGAGUCACCCUGUUCCUCCUCCUCGUCCUCCUGUCCACCUCUGCUGACGCCCGACGGCAGCGGGCCUGAUGGGGCUGGAAUGUUUGACGCUGACACUUCGGACAUGGCUAUGUCCAGCAGCCCCAGCCAGCAUAACUACGACCCCCGGAGGCACUCCUUCAGCGAAGAGGAGCUCAAGCCACAGCCAAUGAUCAAGAAGGCCCGCAAGAUCCUGGUGCCUGAUAACAUGAAGGUGAAUGAUCUCUUCUCACCAAAAGAAUUCUGUGCACGGGAUGAGAAGUACUGGACCAGGCGGUACAAAAACAACGAAGCGGCGAAGCGCUCCCGAGACGCUCGCCGUCUCAAGGAGAACCAGAUCACCGUGCGCGCCGCCUACCUGGAGAGAGAGAACGCCGCGCUCCGACAAGAAGUGGCCGAGAUGCGGAAGGAACUUGGUCGCUGCCGCAACAUCCUUAGUAAAUACGAGAACCGUCUCGCUGAUCAGUGAUGAAGGCGCGGAGCGGAAUCAGGAAGAGGAGGAAUAUAAGCUGGAUUCAAGACUGAACUUUGGGGGGGGGGGGUUGCACGAUGGACAGAAUGGGGUCAGGAUAAUGAUGAUGAGGAAGAUGAUGAUGAUUAUGAUGAUGAUGAAUGUAUAAGACGAGGAGAAGGUUUGUGUAUUGAAGCUCAGGUGUCUUGUUGAGGUGUCAGCUCUUAAAAGUCAUGGAUGGAGAGAAUAAUUUAACAGAUGACAGAUGUGACUUUUAAGAGUUUUGUUAUUGGAGAAUUGUAUAUUUUUAUAAUACUUAUGACAAAUUUAGAGGGAGAGCAAAUUUGGAGAAUAAUUUUGUAUAUUUUCUACACGACUGGGACAUAGAGUCGGGGGGAGGCUAUGGUAAAUCUCUUUUUAUUAUAGACCAGUCAGAAGCUGUUUUCACAGGUGGUCAGCCAUCGAUGGUUAUUUUUCAACUUGAUUCUUGUAGUCAGGACGCAGCAGCAGUGGCGAGGACGCAUGUAACAAAUUGUAAUAUAGAGAGCAAAAUUAUCUCAGAAUCGUAUAGUUUGACAUUUUUGUGGAUUUUACUCGAGCACUUAAUUUUUUGGGUUAUUCCUGUUCUGUUUCUGUCACUGGGGAUGGGCGUGCACGGGGGAGAGAGAGCGGCAGAAUGAGAGCCACAUGUAAACGGCUCCGCAUUAUCCUAACACAUGUCUCGUCCGGUCAUGUGUGUUCCCCCCUUUUUGAAUUGACUUCACUCCACCGACGUAAAUUCCUGAUACCUCGGCCGUACAUGUGAGAUCGGUGGAUCUUUCACGAGUCCAUACUUGUGUCUCUUAUCUCCUCGAUCCCAGCGGAGGGGCUUUGUAACUCCUCUCUGGUGUUUCGCUCUCGUCGUGAAGCCCAGGGCAACUCUGCUCCUCCCGAUCCGCCUUUCUCUUUGUCUGCAUGGACAACCCAGAGGCUCUCUUUCUCUCUCUCUGCCCCCGUUCACAGUCAACUCCUCCAGGAACAACCGGUCCCGGUGUCUCCCUUGUACCCGGACAGUACAUAGAGAAAGUCAAAUCUCAGUGUUGUAAUGUAUUCUGAAAUAGUAAUCCAACCUUCCCAGUAAAACGCACAUCGUUACUUUACCGUACUUUAUGAACACACUAUAAUUAGCAUUACCGCAGGGGGAGGAAUGAUGUGUAUAUUGGAUAGGCCUAUACUAUUUUGUGUAUGUGAUGUAUUCCAGGAGACGGGUCGAGAACCCCCGUCGAGUGGAAUGGUGUUAAUUUCUCAGAUUUCUGGGAGAAAUAAAAGCCAAAAUUUCCUAUGUUGAUCCACAAAGCUUGUUGCUAUGUAGUGCUUUUUUCAAUACUGCUCCUUCCUUACUGUUUACUCCUAUUAUUACUCCUUACUUUAUACUGUAUCUAUGAACGUCUCUGUGUACCCACAUCACCUGCACAGGGCCAUGGUACGCUAUGUUAUGUUCGUGGGGGAGGGAUGACUAGUAAUAGAGUGUGAUUUUAAUCCCCUUAAUGACCAUGGUGAGUAGGUACCAUUACUGCUAUUAUUAUUAUUGUUAUGAUUAUGAUGAUUAUCCCUCUUAUUAUUGCUGUUCUAUAUUACUGAAUUAUUUUCUUUCGUUGGAUGAACGUGAUCUGUUGCACCUUGAAACGUCUGUGAUAUUCAUUGUUCCUCAGAGAGACUAUUCCGAUGGAUGUAAAGAAGAGAAACCCUCACUCUGUUAUUUCCAUCCCGUCUCAGACCUGCAGACGCUCAACACGACUCACUCCUCUGCUCCGGACACUACUGCCACCUGUUUCUCCUUGGAUUUCAAAAGAAGAGGCUCAAUAACUUGAACACGAUGCUCAUUGCAGACUUUCUUUUCCCCCCUCGACGACGUCCUCUUCUGUUCCUCAGCGGUGUACGGACGAUGCACACUGUCAAUAUGCUCCGUGUUGGCUUCUUUCAGCCUUUAUCACCCCCAAUCAGUGAUUGUUUGCUCUCCCGGCAGGAUUCUAGUCUCUAAUAUCCUCACAGAUGCGGCUGAUGAAUCUAGUGAACUCCAACUGCCCUGCUGCAUCAGUGGUGUCCAUGGUGCCCAGUCCACUCGGCGCUGGUUAUUUGGAUGUAGUUGAGAUUUCCCAAAAAACACCAAUAAAAGAUUGUUCUCAUGCA